ACUAAUAGUAAAUUUUAUGAGGGAUCGCUUAUAUAAGUUAACAAGCAGUCUGUGUUCAUGGUUCGUUAUUUAAACUGUGAUUUUUAUCACCUGGGUACGUCAUGAAAAUUCGCACCUAGAUUAAAUUCCGGUAACGGCUGUCUAGAAAUCCAUGACCCUGUACUUACUUACGAAUCGUUGAUGCUGUCUUUCGUAUACGCUUUCAUUGACAGUUAUUUGUUUUCGGUAACAAUAAAGUUUGGAAAACUGUGAUCUUACAUAGUUAUUUGAUUUUAAAUUAGAUUGAAGGAGAGGAAGUUAGUGUCAUUGUAUUGCGUACUUCACGCGUUAGUGUAAAAACUGUGUUUGAAAGGUGACUGAGGUAUUCCCAAAACGAUUACUGAAAAAAGUGGUUAGAAACAGCAAGGAUGAACAACGAUCAAGGAAACGAAUUGGCUCAAACAGUUGAGUUAUCCUCAAAUGAUAUUGAAAAGUUAGAAGAAGCAAAAUUAAAGGCGAAGUUUCCAAAUACUGGUCGUCCAAUCAGUGGGCACUCAGCGUUUUUGCAGAAGAGGCUAGCUAAAGGGCAAAAAUAUUUUGAUUCUGGGGAUUAUCAAAUGGCAAAACAAAAAUAUACAGCUAAGCCAAAGCCAGCUGGUGUUUUGCCAACAGGUGAUGCUAUACCUACACCUGAAACUGUACCACAACGAAAAACAUCUAUAAUCCAACAAAAAUUUAAUACCUCGACUACUUCAUAAAUAGCGUAUAAGAUUUUCAAAGUAUUGCAACUCCAGUGAUAUGGUGCGAUUGUAUGCAAUCCAAAUUUUAAACAAUACAAUGUCUUUAUUUUGAUAGAUGGUAUUACUUUAAAAGUUUACUUUUGUAAUAUUUCUUAGAUGCUUGUCUAAUGAUCAGAGCUUGAGUGCAAGAAUGUUAUGUUUCCAGUAAUGUAUAAAAUUUUUAAUAUUAUGUGCUAUAAGAGCAUUUUCUGAAAGUUUUAUUUUUAAAGAUCUUUAAGACACUUAAAAAAAAAGAAACAAAUUGUAAUGUAUAACUUUGUAUUAUGUAUUAAACAUUUUUGUUUUGAUUUUUCAUGAAAUAUGGGAGUAUCAGCACAUAAAUAAUGCUCAUGCAUCUUUUAGUUAUUUGAGUUACUUUUAUAGGCAGCAAUAAAUUUGGAUCUUAGAUUCAGAAGCGCAUGAUAGUAGAAUUUCAUAAUUUGUUAUAUAAAUAAGCAAUGAAGCUAGGUGUUUAGGAAUACAAGGAAGACUAAAAUUGAUGACAAGGGAUUGUAAUGUAAACGUAACCACUUGUAUAUGCAAUAGAAAUUCAGGAUAAGACAUUUUACAGAUCUGCAUUUCCAAAGUUGCUGUGAUGUGCUUAGUAAGACUAUUUUCAUAUAAGAUGUCAGGUUGUCAUAAGAAUCUGUAUGUAGCAUAAAACAAUCUUAAAUAUAGCAGUUGUUUUGGUUAUUGUAAACUAUAUUAGUAAUAUAUUGCUAUUUAAACUUAA